AUGAUUCGGUCCCCGGUUACUUCUCCAACUCGUUCUAAUAAUAUAAAUCCGCAAGUUUCCGGUAAUAGUACUAAUAGUUCAUCUUUAAAUGUUACAUCUAAUAAUUUAAAUAGCAAUGCACAAUUAGAAAUUUGCGCUACUUCAUUGAAAUUACCUCUCUUUUGGGUCGAAUCACCCAGAAGCAAUCCACCGGAUGAAAAUCGUUAUUUAAACCUUAAAACAAAACUUCUUGAACGUCACUCUCUUAGUGAACAAAGGAAGCUCGAUAAGUUAUUAUCAGAUUCCGAAAUAGGUGAUCGUAAACCUUCGGAAUUUUACAGAUCUUUGAUUCAAUUAGCCGGGAAUAAUAUAAAUUCUGAUUUUGUUAAAAGUUUAUGGUUGCGAAAAUUACCAAGAAAUCUUAAUAUUGCGUUGGUAGGGUCUAAUGUUGUCAAUAUUGAGGAUUUGCUUAAAUUAGCUGAUAAUAUUUGGGAAGUAACAAAUAAGGUAGAAUUGUGUACCCUGGAACCCAAAGAUUCGGUACAAAGUAAUUGCAGGUUAGAUAAAACAGUAGAUAAUUUGGUUAAAAUUACAUCAGCGAUGCUAGAUAAAUUUACCCAACUAUCUAUGGAAAUAGCCGACGUUAAACAAUCUUUUCAAAAUAGUCGUUCAAGGACACCAUUUAGAAAUAGGAGUCGUUCUAGGGGACGUUCAUUGAAUCGUAAAUGGCUUUGUCGUUAUCAUUAUCGGUUCGGUAGCAAAGCUAGAAGAUGUGAACAACCAUGUUCAUAUGAAACAUCACAACAGGAAAACUAA